CAUAGGAGGAACAACUCCCGCCAAUUCCGACUGGGGAGCGCGAGGCGGCAGCGGUGCUCCGGGACGGACGGCGGAGAUGCGGGAAAACCUUUAACUAUGUUCUUAUAGCAAACAAACUAGUACCACACUUCUUUUAAGUUAGAUACACGGCGUGUCCGCUGUCGGCGACCGGCUGCUGGUGCUGGAGUGGAGCUUGUUUGGCCUUUAACAGAGGUUUGACCGGCGGACGUCGAGCAGGAAGCCCCGGGCUAGAGUUGUGAUGCUGGCGGCGGAGACUCCACCUGCAGCGGCCACCCCGCACCGGAGAGGUAUGGAUUGUAAGUCGGGUAACAAUGCUAACAAGAAACUAGUUCAAGCGCGUCUUCCUUUCAAACGGCUGAACCCUGAACCUAAAGAGAACCUGCCACCUAAGCGCCCCUGUACCCAUCCCUGCCCAGCCACUGCUGUCUCAGAACACAAUGAAAAUGAGUCCCCUCCACUCUCUGAGCGCAGCGGGCCACCUUUGGUUAAUGGUCGUGGGCCACUUGAUAGCUUCCUGAGCCGCAAGCGCCUUGCAUCCGCUGAUGAAAAUGUGGUUAUUGAUCUGACGGAGGACAAGAUAUCAUCCCCUAUGAAGUGCCUUGUUUCAGCUGCUCCUGCACCUGCCUCUCCCUGUCUUCCUAAAAAGGACAAGCUUAACUGCAAAAACCAAACUGCCCCUUCUGUGAAACCCAGCUGUGCUAGUGACACUUCUGAAAUACCCUCCGCAGACUCUGUUGUAAUUAGUGAUGAAGAAAAUGAGGGGGAAGAAACAACCCCCAGCCCACAGAAUGAUACAAUGAGUUCUGAGAGUGAGCCAGAGGACCAGAGCGAGUCAGGAAAUGUUUCCAGUUUAGGAAACGGAUCCAUUCAGUCGGCAUCUUCAGACAGCCCCAUAUCUGAAAGCUCAGCAGAAAAAAACAAAACGGAUAACCAGACGCCCACCACUACACCUACAUCGUUGAAGACCACACCCAAGAUACCAUCAGAUGAGAAAAAGAUCAAAAGACGCUCACUGAAGAGCUUACAAGAACAAGAGGAAAGGCUUCGAUUGCGAGAGGAGAAGGAGCGCCAGAAGGAAGAGGCCAAAGCUGAAAAAGAGAAGAAGAAAGAAGAAGCCCGUAAAAUAAAAGAGGAACGAGAAAGGGAAAAACGGGAGAAAAAGGAAAAGGAUGACAGAGAGAAACGGGAGAAAAAAGAAAAAGAAGAAAAGGAAAAGGCAGAUAGACUAAAAGAAAAAGAAGAACUGCGUAAAUCUAAGUUAGAGGCUAAGCUAGAAGAAAAGCGGAAGAAAGAAGAAGAGAAGCGAAUGAAAGAAGAGGAAAAGCGGUUGAAAGAGGAAAAGGACCGUCUUAAAGCAGAAAAGGCUGAAAUUACAAGGUUUCUACAGAAAGCCAAACUCCAACAAGCGCCAAAGAUGCUUGCAGCUGCUUGUGGGAAGUUUGCUCCAUUUGAAAUAAAAGGAAACAUGACUCUGGCACCGCUGUGUAGGGUUCAGUGUAAGGGCUCUGUUCUGGAGGAGCUGGACCAGUGUUUGUCAAAUCCUGCUGAAAACCCAGACGCACUGAAAGAUUGGAUAAGGCAAAAACCGAGACGAUUCGGGCCCACCAAACCCAGACGGACAGAGUCAAACAGUGAUUGUAUAGCUGUGGAAGGGACAAAACCAGAAGGAGUACCAGACCGUAAACACUAUGGACCCAUGAAGCUCCUGCAGUUUCAUGCGAACUACCGUCCAGCAUACUGGGGCACUUGGAGUAAAAAAAGUUCACAUAUCUCACCUCGCUGCCCUUUGAAACAAGACAAGGAUUUGCUUGACUAUGAGGUGGACAGUGAUGAAGAGUGGGAGGAAGAGGAGCCUGGAGAGUCCUUGUCUCACAGUGAAGGGGAGGAUGAAGAAGAGGGAGGUGACGAUGAUGACGAUGAUGGCUUUUUUGUUCCUCAUGGCUAUCUUUCAGAUGAUGAAGGGGCACUUGAAGAAGAGGAGGGUGGGGACAUGGAGAAGCAAAAACUACGCCAGUCACUGAAAGCAAGAGAAUGGGAUGAGCUGAUGUCCACUAAGAAAAAAAUGAAGGUGCUGGAGCCGGUGGUGCGAGGCUGCGUCUGGGAGGGAGAGGGACCUGGUUUUGAUCCCUUCCAGUCUUAUGCCGUGUGUAUGGUGGAGCCGUUACCUAAAGCAGACACCAGCCCCAGUCCAGAGGAGCUGUCCAAGAAGAGUCAGAGGGAUGCACAGUUACUCGGCCAGCUGCUGCCUCUGCUGCAUGGAAAUCCCAACAGCUGCAAAACGAUUAUCAAUGAGUUUCAAGAGUUUUGUCGUCAGCAAAACUGCUCAUCUUCACCUGCUGAUAUAUCCAGCCCUCAACCAGAAAAUAUUCCCAGCAGAAUACACCUCAAGCGGCUCAUCAAGAACAAUGCUGUUUAUGAGAAGCGCUCCGUUUACAGACGCUGCUGCUGGUACGUGCACACAGAGGUCGUGUCCAGUUAUGGACAGGAAUCUCUGCCAGUUCCCUGCAAGUGGACCUACCUCACCACAGGGCCCCGAGACGAGUCCCGUGAAGAAAACCAAACAGCCACAAAUGCCCAGGGAAACUCUCCCACGACACCCCAGUCCACCUCAUCCUCCAACAAGAAGAAGAGCACUGGCAACUUGUCCAUAACCAAGUUCAUGAAGAGAUGUCCUGAUCCUGAAAAGACGGAAGCGAUGGAGACUGAUGGUUUUCAAGCCGACACUGAAGAAGAUGUUGAGGAAGACUGUAUCAUUAUCUCUUCAUAGAUUGGCCCCAACAAAGAGAAUCCAUCCAGCAUGGGAUGCUGUGCCAUGGGACGGCCCCCUGCAGCCACUCCUGCACUCAGAACUGUUGGAGGACGGGGGAGGCCGUCAUUCUGAACAAAGCUGCCCUGCUCCCCACAUUUCUCCUUCCUGGAUUUUAAACAAUGUCCAGGACAGAAUCAGUCUUCGAAGACAGAUAAAUCAUUACAAACAGGUGGUUUGCAUCAAGUUUCAAGCAGACCGUUUAGUUGGGGCACGUUUUCUAGGUGAAUGUUUGUGGCACCGCUUUAGCUGCUGCAGUGGUUGGACAGAGAGGAGCAGAAAUGACAGAUUUUCACGAGAGGCAUUCAAGACGUAUAUAAAAUUGAUUACGGUUUUAUUAAAUGUUGAAUUAAGUAACUCUUGUGGGUUUUUUUCCAUUAUGUCUAACUGUAUAUAGUUUAUAAAAGAAAUCUGAGCUAAGAAAAGAGAGGCUAACUGUCCAUCUGUACAUUUUCACGAUUUCAUCUGGUUCAUUUAUUCUGCAGUGUCUCAUUCUGACAACUCACUGGAGUAGUUGCAAGAUCUGUGCUUGUACAGUAGUCAGUGUUUUUAUAAAUAUGUAUUUUCUAUAUUUUUCAAGAAUACUUGAACAGGAUAAAUUCAUUAAACAUGAAUAAAAGUACUGCACCUUUUUCACAUUCCAUUUAUUCAUUCAUUGCACUGAAACAAGACAGGAGAUUCAGUGAACCACUGCAGCACCAGAAAAUAAAGCCUCCAAAAUGAUCAUGAAGCUGAAUUAACAUUUCUUAAAACCAUAUCAAAUCAAUAAAAACUCAUUAAUUUGA